AUGUCUGAAAGAUCGCAGAGUCCUGAGUGCCAAAGCCGGCCCUACGACUACAGCCGGUCCAACCCCUGCACCCAGGCUCUGGGUCAGGAGGGUCUGGGGAGCGCUGCGCCGUUCCAGGUUCCUCACGGUGUCCUGCCAGACCCGGGCCUCCUUUACAACAAAAACACCUACGCUGGUGUCACACCCGCUUCUGCGCAAACCUUCUUCUCGUUUCCACACGUCACCAGCGACUACCGAGGACCCGACAUGCAGGUUGGAGACUUUGUCCAACCCAAACAUUGGUACCCCUUCGCUGCGCCCGAGUACACCGGCCAGGUACCCGGUGUAACAGCAGCUACCCAGCCCACAAACGUCAGUCCCCCCAUAGCCGAGACCCGGGAGCAGAUCAAACUGCCCCAAAUAAAAACCGAGAAGGACGCCGGGGUUCAGUACUCCACGGAGGUGAAGGCCCAGCAGUACCAGACAGCGCCAGCCUCCGCCGCCAUGCCUCCCGGAGUCUUCUACCCCACGGCCUGGAACCCGUCCUUCUGGCCCGGGAUCACCCACAUCCAACCCUCUGGUGGGAAUAACCAAAACCCCGCAACGUCCUCGGCGUCGUCCCCGUCCAUGUCCCCUUCACCUCCGAGCAACGGCAUUCCAGGGAACACGUUUUUCAGCGUGAACGCAGCCCAGGCCCCCACCGAGCCCCCGAAGGAGGGUCAGGUCUCCAGCACACGGAGCAGUGGCUCCUCCAGCGGGGGGUGCAGCGAUUCUGAAGAGGAGAGUCUUUCCACUGAGGAACUGGAGCAGUUUGCCAAGGAGCUGAAGCACAAGCGCAUUACGCUGGGUUUCACCCAAGCAGAUGUUGGCCUUGCCCUGGGUAACCUCUAUGGUAAAAUGUUCAGCCAGACAACCAUUUGCCGCUUCGAGGCCCUGCAGCUGAGCUUCAAGAACAUGUGCAAGCUGAAGCCCCUUCUCCAGAGGUGGCUGGAUGAGGCAGAGACCUCGGAAAAUCCUCAGGAUAUGUACAAGAUUGAGCGAGUGUUUGUUGACACCAGGAAGAGGAAGCGGAGGACCAGUCUGGAGGGAGCCGUGCGCUCUGCUCUAGAGUCCUACUUCAUCAAGUGUCCCAAGCCCAACACCCAGGAGAUCACGCACAUCUCAGAUGACCUGGGCCUGGAGAGAGAUGUGGUGCGCGUUUGGUUCUGCAACCGAAGACAGAAGGGAAAGCGUCUGGCCUUGCCGCUGGAUGAGGAGUGUGACGGCCAGUUCUAUGAGCAGAGUCCUUCGCCCAUGAGCAUCGCCCCGUCCCCUAUCCCCAACCAGGGCUACCCAGGUGCUGGCUACCCUGGAGCCCCUCCUCCUACACUCUAUAUGCCCCAGCUUCACCGCCCGGAUGUCCUGAAACAAGCCCUGCACCCCGGACUGGUUAGUCACCUGACUGGAUAA